AAAAAGUUGCAUUAGCAAUAUUCUUUUAAUAUAAAAUAAUGAAUUUAUCACUAUAGGUCAUUUUUAAUUAUUAUAAAAAAAGGAGAAGUCGAACGGUAAAUGGUCCGGAAUUUUUCAUUUUUGGUCCGUAAAGUCCGUAUUUUUAAAUAUUUUCACUGGCUCAAGCCCUGAGUAUAAGUUUUCUCAAAAAAGAAUGUACUUUUUGUUAAUAAUUGUUCAUGGUAAUAAAUAAACAGCAGUUAUUGACAUGCAAAUACUACAUAUUUGUAAAUUCUUUCAACUGUUGACAUCAUAUACUAUCGUAUGACGUUACAAGUGAUAAAAGCAGUCUAUGCAAUUAAAAAAAUGUUGCAAUAUUACAUAAAUUUAUUUAAACAAAGCACCUACAUAUAUCCAUUUUGUUGACAGUAGGUUUUAAUAAAAUACAAAGCUAUUAAUAAUAAUUCUUGAAUUUUAUUCCAAAAACUGAUUUUUCAGUUAUACUGAUUGUAUAAAAUAUAACUAUUAUUGACUCGUUUGUGACCAACUAAAAUUACGAAUUUUAUUGUGAUAUCAAGAAAGUGAAAGAAGUAAGUUUUAAAUUUAGAUAAAAUUGAUAGUAAUUUGUCUAAAUCAGCAUUCAGCAAGAAAGCUCCACAAUGUUUUCCAUUAAGUUUAUAAGAUGAAUGGGAACUUGUCCCUUGAGAAUAAUUCCCACAAUUUUUCCACAUUGUUCAAACGAAGAAAAAUGCAGUACAGGCAAAGAGUAACUAAUUUAAUUUAUUUUCUCCAGACCACAAUUUAAGAAUAGAGGGAAAUAUAAAAGUGUGUAAGAAUCAUGUUGUUUUCUUCAGUCGGAACUCGAUCGUCACCAAAGAAAGCCAUGAACUUUCAACUGACUAGAAUUCUUACUUUUUGCGCCAUGUGUAUAAAUGUUUCAUUGUCAAAUAAAAUUCAAACUAUUCAUUCUCAAGAGUUGGAUAAAUUACUGAAGGCACUAAAGAAAGUUGUUGACUUCAUGGCUGCCAGACCUGAGGAACUGAAUCUAGAUGCUGCUUAUGGAUUAACUUUAGGCGAAGCUCAUCUGAUGAGUGCAUCAUCUCAUCAUAAUAUGCGUCUAUUAACUUUGGAACAAGAGGAAAAUUUAAAAAGUCUUUUGAAUGAGUGCAGCAAAACUAGAACUAAAAUAAAGAGACUCAUUUCUGCUAAGAGCGGAAGUGACUCCUACUAUAUGGAGAGUUUACCAGCGAACCACGUUUUGAUGGAACCAAAGUAUUGGUCACAUCCAGUUAAUUGGAAAAGUGAUAAUUUUAAAUCGACUGCACCAAAAAAUUUGCAUAAAAAUGACUUUAUAAUCCAAAAAUUAAUUUGGCAUGGGAAACCUGAUGAAAAUGAAAGUGACAAGUGCAUUAUAGGAAUAUUGAAGGAAUUUCAGAAUAACACCUGUGAAAUAGCGGACGAUUGUGAAGCGAUGCUUCUGGAAGACGAUGAUCCACAAGGUUACUCCACAACCCACCGACUUCUUCUUCUUAUGAUAGCAAAGGCCUUUAACUGCAAGGAAUUAAAAACUGUUUCAUCCGAUGAACUCGUACCAAAAUAUUGUUCUUCAAUUUUACAAAAUCUAAAAAGUCUAGAUGCACUUGGAUUUCCGUCUACUAGUUUGGAUUUAGCUAUGGAAGAAGUCCUUCUCUGUGGAACACAAGGUUAUUUAGAGUUUCUUCACAACCAAUGGCUGAAUAACAUCUUAAGCUGGCAGAAACCAAGUGGUUGUUAUGAUGCAUUUUCAAAAAAAUACAAACAUAAAUCACGAAAACGAAGAUAUUCGAACAAAAUUGAUUUUGGAUGCGAAGAUCAUACAACUGGACUUGGUGUUGGUUCUAUUGCCUUAUUCAUUAGGCAUUACAUAGAAAACAAUAUUGAUAAAGUACCUAACUAAUUAUCAAUAAACAAAUUAUCAUUUUUGUCGUAUCAAAUUUCUUCUUAUUUGCACGACGGUACACGGAGAAAAAGGAAUAGUUGACACAUCCAGAUACAUGGAUAUCACAGCCAUAUUAUAUUGAAAAAUACGGGAUAUCCAUAGUUAAGGUUGCUGCAUCCAUAUUCUAUGGCUGGCUGUAUA